AUGGGAUGGCAGGACCGCCUCAUUUUCCAUCGUGAUUUCGCAUACGCCGCCAGACGAACACGAAUGGCGCACGGCAACAUUGGCGAUGUGCCAGCUGCAACCUAUGCUGAGUACGUACCAGCUCCACUACAGCCCCCUGAUCACCUGCAAGACGGCGCAUCCGAUUCUCCAUCAGAUAUGGUAGCUUCCUCAGCUGAGGAACCGCAUGCGCCGUCCGAGGGAGCGUCGCAAUGGCCGCCUGAAGCUGUCGCGCCGUGUACGAGAAUCCGGCUGCGCCCAGCCCUGGCGCAUAGACUCUAUUCCCACCGUCUCCAUGUGCGUGCAAAAGCUAAGCUGCAACGCGAUAGACUCCUCUCCGGCCCAAUGCUAGAUAUCUACGUCGGCGAAGAAAGGCGGCACUGGUCGCUGCACCGCAACCUCCUAUAUCACCACUCCGAACUACUCGAGUCCGAGCUCCGUGGCGAUGGCAAGAAGCAGCAGGAUAAGCUGGAGCUCCCGCAGCACGAUCCUGCGGGCUUCGAGCUGCUUGUCAAAUGGCUCUACCAGGGCAAGCUCGACGAUGUCUCCGAUAUGGCGGAUGCGAACCAGAAGUACGACUACGCCGUCGCCUGCCACAAGCUCUACCUCCUGUGCGAUCGCUUCGACAUGGCGCAGCUGAAGAACGUCGCAAUGGAUCAGUAUCGCAAAGGCCUCAACGAGGCCGAGCUUGUCCCAGAUGCGGAGGAGAUCGACGAGAUAUACCGCACGAGUCCGACCGGGUCGCCAUUCCGCCGCCUCAUGACCAGAAUCGCGGCGCGACAAAUCAUGGACCCUGAUAGCGAGAGGGACGUCGAGACCUAUCGGCAGUGCUUCGAACACAAUCAAGAUUUUGCCGUCGAUCUGGUCAAAGCCAUCAAACACGGGACUGGUGGUAUGUUGUUCGAUGAUCCUACGGACCCGGGCAAUGAGUGCGACUAUCACGACCAUGAAGCUGGUCCGAACUGCCACAUCAGAGGCAAAGGCAAGGCGAAACAAGGUAAAUAG